UGAUGAUACCGCUCCAAUAUUGAUUUUUCAUUCAUCUGUUUCUCUGCGCUUAUUAGGUUGUAAUUAUUAUUUGUUUAUAGCCGUUCGUGCAUGUGUUUAAGUGCAUGAUUUCAGGAUGCGGAGGAGACCUGAAGCUCAGCCAGCAAACAAUGAACCCGCAAAGAGAAAGGAGCCAGAAGAAAGGCUGGCCCGCCCAGCUGAAGCCAAAAGCAGAGUAACUUACAGAUCUGUGCUCAUAAACAUUGGAAAAUGUUUACUAGCAAUCGUCAUCAUCCCUCCGUUCCUCAACUACGCAUCGCUUCAGAGAGAAAGACAGAUGCUUUUGCCCAAAGAUGGCCAAAUUGUUGAUGUCGGUUUGGGUCAGACGAUGCAUCUCUUAUGUAAAGGACGUGGAAAACCAGUCGUCAUUCUGGAUGCACCGACUGGAAUGUCCUCAGACAUCUGGCUUCAUGUCCAAGACAGCGUUUCCUCCGUCACAAAGGUUUGCAGCUUUGACAGAGUGGGACUUGGCUUCAGCAAGCGAGUGAUGCAGAAUGAGACCACAGGGACGGAGAAAGUCUGGGGGAUGUCCACAACUGGAAGGAUGGUGGACGACCUGCACCGACUCCUGCAGGCUGCAGGCCUCGCCGCGCCCUUCAUCCUCGUGGGCUCCGAGCUCGGCGCCCUCAACAGCAGGUUCUACGGCCACAUUCACGACGUGCAAGUGUCAGAUCUGGUGCUGAUCGAUCCCAUCCCAGAGGAUGUUUUUGAAGAUGACCAGUGGAAAGAGUACUGGUAUGGCGAGCUGCUGUCGUCCCUGCAGGCCAGGCAGUUUUCAGCAGCUACGGGCCUGAGCCGCAUCCUCAUCAUCCUGGGGGUGAUCCAACCCACAAUAAAGGGAGAAAAUGUAUCUGAAGAGGUUGUCCAGCGCCAGAAGUACCUCCUCAGCAACCCCGCCCAUCAAAGCGGCGCCGUGGACGAGCUGUACUUCAUGAAUGAGAGUGCGGCUCAAGUAAGGGAUAUCACAAGGUUUAAACCUCUCUCCAGCGAGGUAUCAGUGAGCGUGCUCACCGGGGACUCGUUUGACGAGCAAAUACCAGAAGACCUAAACAAAAUGGUAGCUCAACUUCAAAAGAGGUUUCUGAAGGAGUCCUACCCAUCAGCCAGUCACAUUCACAUAAAAGGAGCGGACCGGCGAAUGAUCUACAAGAAGCCAUCUGCCAUCAGCCAGCACCUGAGGAGGCUCGUCAACCAGCGACAAGCCAGGCAGCAGAGCGAGUGACCCGCGGCCAAAACCCACGUCCGUUUACACCACAGAAACGCUUAAACACGUUGUAAAUGUUCGCUAAAAUAUUCUCCUUUUUUUUUUUUCUUUACCUCUCUCUGCAGCAAUUUGUAGAGAUUGUCUCCAUGUCUGCUCGGAUCCACCAAGAACUCAAUUUCAGAGCGCAUUUUUGCACAGCUCUGCUUUUUAAUUAAACAUAACUGGGGGAUAUACGGCGUGAUGAAAUAUUUUCUUUGAUUUAUCUCAGGUUUACAGUUGUUAUUUCAGGCUCUUCACCUGAUUGGCCAGUGCCAAAAUGUAAUACUUUAUUACUUAUAAACUAAAAGGCCACAAACACACACGUCAUUGCUAAACUCAACGCUUUUAUUUCACUUGGUUCUGUUUUAUUAUUCCACCAUGUUGGCGGACAUUCAGUUUCCUCUUGCUCAAUAACUUCAUUUCCUUUCAGCGCAACCCGAUACGGACCCGGAUUUGGACUUUUGUAAAACUGCAACCAAAUGAGUGAACUUGUUCUUUAAAAAAAACAAAAACAAUUAAAUACAAUUUUUAAAAAAUCUCAUAUUUUCAGAUCUAUUUUUUAACAACGCUGUGCUUAUUCUCUAAAGAGCCAGGAGCUAUAAUAAUGUUUAUUUUCCAGAUGUGUGGAGUAAGAAAAAAAGACCAACGACCAUUGGCUAAUCCUGAGGAUUUAAGUUUAAUUAUGACACCACAUCAAAAUAAAAAUUUCCAACAGAUCUGGAAUUUAAUUCCAUCCAUAUACAUGCAUAGCAACAACGUUUUAAGAAACAUUUUCUCCCAUAAUAAGGACAUUGGAAUGAUCAUUUUACAUCAGCAUCCCCCACUGACCUCCCACCCAGCUUGUUCGUCAGCAAUAAACUUAAUUCUUGUACAGCUUCUUUUUUUUUUUUCCCGAUGGGGUUACAAAUAAUUAUAUGCACAGUCCCCAUUUCAUAAUACUGCUUUCAGUAACGUUUUCCCCCAUUUACAAAGUAUUGCAUUGAGAGCAAAUUUCAAAAAGGGAGACCAAAGUGUAUCAUCAAACAGAAAUACGAGUACUAUACAAGAAUGUUGUCAUCCUCAUGAAAACAUCCACAUCUGAUGAAGAAAAGAGACGGGGACAAACAGCCACAUAUGUAUGCAAAGCCAUGAAUGUAUGCCAAAACGUGAGAUGCAGGGUUUUGCCCGGUAAUCACCCCCAAAUGGUGAUUUGUAAGGCUGGCAUUAGUAGCAAUCUGCAAGAGACAUUUUGAGCAUAUACAGAAACUGGUACAGCAAAUAAGAAUACACAAGUGCCUCAGUCGCUAUUUUUGUGUCUAAAAUGCAUCUCGUUUUUGUGUUGUCUAUUGUUUUAUUGAGCCUACAUUACAGUGUAAACAAUAUGUGUGCUACACAAGAAUGACUAUACAAUAACAUUACAAACAACUCUGAUAUAAAUUUCAUUUUGAAUUUAAAUUAAGAUCACUACUCCUAUU